AACAUGUGGCUUGUUUCAUGUGUAAUCUCCAGAGUUUCUGCCUCUCCUGACUCACAAAGAUGGCUGCAGCUCUGACUCUCCUUCUCAUUGGUUCUCUGCUGCAAGGUGCUCAGAGUAAAGAGUUUAACGCAAUUGUGCCGCAGACUAUAGAGGUUCUUAGAGGAUCCUGUGUGACCAUCCCCUGCUCCUUUGAGAUAGAAGAUAAAUAUGAAUCAAACCUAGAUGACAAAUGUAGAGCAAUAUGGAAACUUGAUUGGGAAAAUGUUGUUGUGUUUAACAGCAAAGAUCCACAAACACUUUUAAAUAAAGGAGAACUGACAGGAGACUUGACAAAAAAAAACUGCACCACAACCCUGAACAACAUUCAACCUGCUGGCAGCAAUAGUUAUUUCUUCAGGUUGGAAUGUGACAACGGUCUAAAAUAUGAUUUUUCUGCAAAAAGAGUUCUUCUUUCAGUCAAAGAUGUUCCUCCCAGACCGACUCUGACUCCGUCAGCUCUGAAGGUGGAGGAGGGAGCCUCAGUGAGUUUGAGUUGCUCUACUCCAGCUCCAUGUCUGUCUCAUCCUCCAACUGUGACAUGGACCAAAGGCCUGGGGGACAUUGUGGAGACACUGCAGGAGAAUGAGGACAGAACCAAAGUCCUGACCUCUGUUGUGACCUUCACUGCCUCUCACAAGCAUCAUGGAGAGACAAUCUCCUGUGAGGCCUCCUACCACAAACAGGAUGGAAGCGCUGAGUCAGCUGCUACUUUAACAGCUGAUGUUUCAUAUUCCCCUAAAGUCACCACAGUGUCAGUCCGUCCCUCUGGUCCAGUACUAGAGGACAGUAGUGUGACUCUGACAUGCAGUAGUACUGCUAACCCAGCAGUGAAGAACUACACCUGGUACAGAGCGGAUGGAGAACAGGAGACUUUUAUUGGGACGGGACGUGUUCUCACCAUUAAAGCCUCUAAAGAAGACAGUCCUUUUCUCUGCACGGCUCAGAAUGAUGUUGGAGUUGGACGAUCCAACAACACACACAUAGACGUUCAAUAUUCCCCCAAAGUCACCACAGUGUCAGUCCGUCCCUCUGGUCCAGUACUAGAGGACAGUAGUGUGACUCUGACAUGCAGUAGUACUGCUAACCCAGCAGUGAAGAACUACACCUGGUACAGAGCGGAUGGAGAACAGGAGACUUUUAUUGGGACGGGACGUGUUCUCACCAUUAAAGCCUCUAAAGAAGACAAUCCUUUUCUCUGCACGGCUCACAAUGAUGUUGGAGUUGGACGAUCCAACAACACACACAUAGACGUUCAAUGUCUGGAUCGUGGAUCAUCCUGUGGAGUUCUUCUCUCUGCUGUUGCUGGUGUUUCUCUCAGUGUGAACCUCCUUUUCUCAGUCUGCAUCGUGUUCCUUUGGAAAUCCAGGAGGAACGUGAAGCCAGAAGAAGUGGACCAAACCUACAUGUCAUUGGAUCACAGAGACAAAUCUCCAGAGUAUGACGUCAUUGCUCAAACUUCAAGAUGACUCAACUUCCACUGAUCUUAAUAAUCACCAAAUAACGACAUGAUGAUUCAUUGUUGUUCUUAUGAGUCCAACUUGUGAUUAGUGAUAUGAGUGUUAUUAAAUCAGUAUUUCACCAGCAUUUGUAAACUAUACAAAGUCAUUUAAAUAUUUUGAAAAGGUGAGCAGAAUGAAAUGAGCAGACACACAAAUGAAUGCCAAAAUACACAACUGUUACUAAACACACCUCCUUUGUGAGACUAUAUUUUUAAAUGACUACUGAAACUGGAUCAAAGAGGCAUUCAGUUUACUUUGUGGUGAAUUUUCAGUCAGUGUUGUUUUUGUUUUUUUGUAGUUUUUGUUGUUUUUGCGACUUUUGUAUCGUGCUGCGUUGUAUUUAAAGGUGUAUUUUGUCUCUUAAAGGUACAGUACAUAGAAACCAUGUAUGUCAUCAACACAGCAGACGAAUGGACUGAGUGAACUCGUCUCUCACUGUUGAGUUGGACUCUUCCACAUUAUGAAAUGAUUUAUGACUCUUUGUCCAUCAUACGUGACAAUGAUUAACAGUGCUGUAUUAUGUUUCACUUUGUGUCACUGAUGUUCACAUGGAUGCAGCUUUACUUCCUUUACAUGCAUUUGAUACGUGUUGCAUGAAAUCAAAUGAGACUUCAGUGUUGAAUUGAUUAGAAUGAGGAAGAAUGUGCUUUGACCCUUUUUAACCCAUUUAAUAAUUUACGUGGUUGCAGGAGCUUUUUACAGUUUUUUCAUGUUAUUUGUUAAUUAUCACAGGAAAGUUGAGUGAAUCCAUGUCAUCAUUUUAUUAAUCCAGAUUUAUUGCUCAGUUUGUAGAUUGUAAAAACUAAUCUUUCUAAUCAGUGAGACUUCAGUAUAAAGCUUAAAAGUGUCAGUGUUUUAUAAUAACUGUGCUUAUUGCUUAAUCAAUAAAGGCUAUUUAAAUGUU